AUGGCAUCAAAGAGCUCUAAUAUUAGAAGUAUUCAAGAAUUCAUUCAUACUAAAUCAAUUGAAAUAGCUAAUAGUCCAUUUAUCUCCAGCAAUAAAGGUGAAGAACUUAGUGCUUCAGAGAUUGCACAAAUGUUAGAGAAAACUUUUAACGAUUUUUUAAUUUCUCCUGAAGAAGCAGAAAUAACUAAGUUAGAAAAGAAAUCUCAAAAAUUAAAACAGACAAUUCAGACACGUGAAAAUGAGAUUGUUAAAAUGAAACAAAAAUUUAGGCAAGAAUAUCGCGAUGUUACAAAUGAAACUGGUAAUUUACAAGCUGAAUUUCAAAGUAUUCAAGAAUCCUUAAAAACUUUUGAUCUACACAUUGAUAAAAGAGUUGAACAGCAAAAAGAUCAGAGAAGAAAAAAAGAGUUUCAAAUGGAGCAGAUGCUGAACCUUUUAGAUGAAUCUCAAGCAAUGGAAAAAUCAAUAUCAAGCUCGAUGCAAGAAUUAAAAGAUUUCAUUCAGUAUUUCCAUCAGGGUCAUGAUAAAAUGAUUAGCCAAGCCAAUAAGAUUUGGAAUUCUAAGUUGAAAUCUGUUAUUGGCAAGUUUAAAGUGAAUAAAGACGCGAUGAUGAACGCAAUUCAAAAUAAUUUACAGACAAGAAUCAUUGCAGAAAAGGCUACUCAAAACAAUCUGAAAUCAAUAGCAUCAUCUGUUAUCGAGUCUUUCCAAAAUGUUGAUCCAAAUAAUAAAAUAGAUAUUAAUCCAGAAAUUUUUGAGGCUCACACUUCUGAUAUGAUUCUUUAUUUAGAUUCAGCUUUAAGAAAGGUAGAAAUUAAUGCUAGACAAAAGAUAUUUGAUCAACUUCAUGAUGUUUUCCCUGAUUUCGUUGCAAAUGAUAAAGAUCCUGAAUCAGCACUUUCUGUAUUCAUAGAUACAAGUGUUCAGAAGAAAGAGGAAGAGUAUAACAAGCUUUUAAUGCAUAGACAAGAAAAAGAAAACCAAUUAAAUGAGCAACUACAAAAGGCACUUGAAAAGAUUAAAGCACUGCAAGAAUCUGUUAGUAGUUUCGGCGGUGAUGAUAAUAUAGAAGAUAUAAACGUCGAUGGAUGGGAAACAAAUCGUAAAAUACUAGAUGAAAAGAUUGAUAAGCUAAAGCAAUUCAAAUCAGAAUCUUCAUCUAUGCACAGUGAGCUAAUUGAUUCACCAUAUCAUUAA